AUUAUGCAAAAUAAAAAAUACAAAUUGUGAAUUUUUUUUUAAAAAAUAUAAUCAUUUUUUUGUCAGGAUUCAGUGAUAACAACAAUAAUUACAACAAUUUCAAGUUAAUAAAUUUAAAAAGCCAAAAAAAUUAAAUGAUCUGUGUUAUGACUGUUUAAAAUAUUUAUAAUAGUGUAUAAAUUGACAGGUGUUAUUUAUUUGAAUGUUUAACAAAAUUGACGUCGUGUCAUAUAAAAAUGGUGGAUUAACAAAUAAAAUUUAUAGUUAUUAAACAGUUUUUGAAUGAAAAUUUGGAUUUUCGUUAAUAAAAAAAAAGAGCAAAAAUCAACAACAUAAUUUUAUGUAUUAAAAAGAUCUCAGGGUUCUUAAAAACAUUAACGAGAGCAUUUUGAAUAUUCACUCAUAAUGAGUGCAAAGAGGAUAUGUAUUAAAAGAAACCAACAAAUCUUUAAUGUUGGUGACAAGGAUCCAAAAGUUGUCAUCAACUCACUGGACUACGACUCAUUAGCAAAAAUCAUCAUGUUGUUGCCAAUACCAGAAAGAUUAGACAUGGAAGAAGUUUGUACCAAAUGGAAAGAGGCAUGUCAACUAGCUUGGUAUGACAUUAAAGAAUACAAAUGUAAAUCAUCAAUUGGACGUUGUUAUGAUAACCGUUUGUUGACACAAUCAUACCUCAAGGAAAUAUUAUUAAGAUGUGGUAAUUAUCUGGAUGAAUUGUCUCUCUCAAAUGUUUGCAAUUCAAGUAUCAUGCCAUUUGUUGGUGAUCACUGUAAAAAUUUAACAACCUUGGAAUGUAAAUUUAAUGAUAAAUCCUUAAUUGAUAAUGCCGAUGACUUUGUUCAAGUAUUUACACACUUAGAUAGAUUAAAAUGCAUUAAAAUAACGAUAGAUCACUACUGCUGGAAUGAGGUAAUUAAUCUUUCUGCAAUAAUCGAUAGUCUUACAGAAGAAAUUAAUGAAAUUCAUUUAUUUUCUAAAUCUGAGUCAGAUGGAAAACGAAGAGGUUCUAUGAGUUUUAAAAAAUUUAAAAAUCUUGAAAAAUUAACAUUACAUGGCUUCUGGUUAGAAAACAUUCAAGAAAUAGCAGAAAAAACAACACUUGUUCAUCUUGACAUUCAAUUCUUUGAUAUACUCACAGAGCUUUUUUUAUUUAAUGAACUCGUUAAUUUGGAGUACAUCGACUUAACGAUGGGUGCAGAGUUUGAUGAAGUGGAUAAUUUCUCUACAAAAAUACUCAAUACUAUUUUUUGUACAUGCAAAAAUCUAAAACAUCUUGAUAUUCCACGUGGUUCUUAUGAUGUAGCUAAAAUACCUCUUGAAAAAUGGAUAAAUUUUCAAAAUUUACAACAUCUUGGUAUGUGUUGUGACAUAAUGCCGGACUUGGCAAAUACAAUUGUUAAAUAUUGCAAGAGCUUGAAAUAUUUGAGGAUACAUUAUCCUCAUGAACUUAUAGAUAAAACUGCUUUUGAAAAGUUAACAGAGUUGGAAAAUCUUGAAUGUUUAAUAUUGAAUGGUCUUCAUAUAGUUCAUGAAGAAUCAAUAACUGCAAUUUCAAAAAAUUGUAAAAAACUUAAGCAUUUAGAAAUUCCUUAUUGUUUUCAAUUAUUUUCUUCUCCAAAUGUUCUUGAUGAAUUAUCAAAAUUACAAUAUCUUGAACAUCUAUCUUUGUGUGCGGCGUUCGAAUUUGAAGAUAGUACAAUUAUUGCUAUUGCUAAUAAUUGUAAGAACUUAAAAAGUUUAGAUAUCCAAGAUUACCCAGCUCUUACUGAGGCAGCUCUCGUUGCUUUAACAAAUUUAAAAAAUUUAGAAAAACUUAAUGUGGGCUCUCUUGAUAUAAUUACAGACAGCUUCCUUAUUAAAUUGAGAGGAUUGAAAAAAUUGCAUUGUAAUUUAUGCAUGAACAUUACUGAUGCUGGUGUUAUUCAAUUUAUAAAAAAUAAUCCAGAUCUUGAAAAGAUCAGUGUCGGGGGUAUAGAUAAUAUUACAAUUGACUUGAUUAUUGGUGCUGAUCAGGCAACUAAAAAUCGUACAAAUGGUAUCAUUUUACACAUACGAGUAUUUGGCGAGUCAUUAUUACAAGCUUCUAAGACAAUAAUCACAUCUCAAUGGUUGGUUGUUGAAGAGAUGAUUUAAUUAUAGUUAUCAUAUACUUUUUCUUCUAAUUCACGCGGAAUAUUCUUUCAUAAUUUAUUUCUAAAAAAACAUACAAAAUAACAUUGUAAAGACAUUGGCAAAGAACAUUUUUAUCAUAACUAUUUAAUAUUGGAAUUAUAAAAAUUUUAAUGUCAAUGUUAAUAUAUUUUUGUAAAGCCAAGUUUUAAAAUAAAUAUACUUUUUUAUCAAAUAAA